AUGAAUUUCAACGUCUGGAACAUCAAGGAGAUGCUGAGCACACCGACAGCCCUCGGGCCUAAUAAGUUUUCCAUUCGGAGCAGCACUGCCAGUGACUACUCGAGCCUGAGUGAUUCUCAGCUGCUCUUUGGCUCCCAGUUCUGCCCAGAGAAUGUGCAGUCGGCAGCAGCACCGCUGGAGCUGGGCACGCAGCUGGGACAGCAGAACUCCCAGGAUAGUGAACCCAGUAUUUUUACCAAAUACCAGACAAAACCACAGUUAUUUGAUGAAGAAACAAGAGAAAAAGGGCCUCUUAAUUUUGGUGCAGUAAGAGUGAAAAGUGUCUUGGAAAAUUUUGAAGUGACUAAGAACAAAAUAAAGGACAAACAUGACCGUGAAGUCCUAAGCUCCUCUAUUUCCAACAUCAAAGACAGGCUUCAGGAGCUGCAAGUGUGCUUUGAGAAGUUUGAAGAAAUGUUUGAUUCCAAACUCAAAUCCAAUUUGGUUUGCCUAGAAACCCUUUCCAAGACAUUGGAAGAUGCUCUUCAAAGUCACUGCAGCUUGGUGCUGAAAGCUUUGUCAGAUAAAAGCCAAAUGGAGCAGGCACUGCUGGAGAUGGAGAGGAGACUUGCAGCCAAAGAUGUAGAGAUUUUGGAUAUGAAAUCCAGUAUCCAGCUGCUGAAAGAGAGUCUGGAGUCACUGCCAGCCCAGCUGAACGACCAGUUCCUGAAAACAUGUAAAGAACUUGGCUUCCUGAAGCUAUGCAAUACUUCAGCUGAGCAGCACACGCUUGUAUCUAGUGCCAGCCUGUCCCCUCACAUGACAGAUAAGUCUUUCCAGACCUCCCCUGGGCUGUGCCAACACUGUGUCCUGAGUGAGGAGCACCCACACAGGCCAUGCUGCCCAGGCAGGGGAGUUUGCAGAUGCUCAGGCUGGUCUCAUUUCCCCUGUGUGACAGUAGGGCAGCAACACAGAGACUCCCCUGGAAGGAACCAGGCCACCGGAGAUGGCACACCUAAGGGUGACCUAAACCCAGCCUCAGAAGACAAAGCCAGCCCCAUUGCUACAGCAGUGAAAUGCAGCUUGGAGACACAGAGCUGUGCUGCCCAUCCUUGUAUGUGCUGGGCUGGUAGACACUUUCUUGGGAGUAGUCAGAAGAAACACUGUCCUGUGCCACUGGAAGUGCCUCUACCAACCCCACUGAGGAAGGCAUUCAGGAGAGGCACUCGAGGGUUUAAACCCCUGACACCAUCACAGCAGCAACAGCCUCAAGUUUUCCACCAUUCUGCACAGAAAGCUACACCUGGGCAAAGACACAGCAACUGGUCCACAGAUCAUGAGGCGGAGAAGGCAGCUGUAGGGAAAAGAGCAAAACAGAGUCCAGGAAGGAUGUCCUGGAAAAAAGAAAUAGGCAGAAAGAAAACCUACUCCACUAAAAGGAAAGGCGAACACUCCGGAUGUGCUGACAGUGGGCUGAAGCAGAGGAAGGCAAAUGGAGUUAUUGAAUUGGAGAGCUCCAGAAAAAAUUUCCUUCCCAGAUACUUGGUUGAUCUCAAUUCAGAAAACUCUGACCUGGGUUUUGCAGCUCCCCAUCAGCAGAUCCUCAGCAGUGCUCAGCUGGGGCUUACGAAGAGUUUCCCACCAGUGCCACGCUCUGAUAAAAGUCUGCAACAACUUGCAAGCAGAAGAAAGAGAAGCCUUGAAACAAAAAAAACAAUGAAUGUUUCCAGUGUAAAAAGGUAUCUCUUGGAUUCCUCUCCCGAGGAGCAUAUACUUUCCCUGUGUAGUACAACAAGUGUAAAGCAAAUGAGCUGCUUCAGCCUCCAAACCCCCUCAAGCUCCAAGAAAUCACAUUCUAUCAAUCCACAGGACACAGAUUGUUGCUCUUUACUGUUUGAUGGUGAUUCUUCUGAUUGAAGG